AUGGCUGCACUCUGGGAGAACAAUGGGCAACCAGGCCAAUUUCCUCUCGAGCAGUGGUUCUAUGAGAUGCCGCCCGUCACCCGGUGGUGGACGGUAGCCACGGUGGUAACGUCGCUGCUAGUACAAUGCCACAUUGUGACCCCAUUCCAGCUAUUCUACAGCUUCCGCUCGGUAUACGUCAAAUCGCAAUACUGGCGACUUCUAACGACGUUCCUCUAUUUCGGACCGCUCAAUCUCGACUUACUAUUCCACGUCUUCUUCCUACAACGAUACUCCCGCCUGUUGGAGGAAUCAUCCGGCCGCUCCCCGGCUCACUUCGCAUGGCUGAUUUUCUACGCCAUGACUUGCCUUCUCAUCAUCUCGCCUUUCCUUUCAUUACCGUUCCUUGGCUCGGCACUUUCAUCUAGCCUGGUUUACAUCUGGGCCCGCCGCAACCCCGAUACUCGUCUUAGUUUCUUGGGACUGUUGGUUUUCACGGCGCCUUACCUGCCUUGGGUGUUGAUGGGAUUCAGUUUGAUAGUGCAUAAGACUGUGCCCAAGGAUGAGAUUCUCGGUGUUGUUGUUGGCCAUAUUUGGUACUUCUUCAAUGACGUUUACCCGCCUCUACAUGGUGGCCACCGGCCAUUUGAUCCGCCUCGGUGGUGGCGGCGUAUUUUUGAGGCUAGACCUGCUGUCAAUGAGCGUAAUACGGGUGCAACAACUGUGAACCGGGAAUUUGUGGCGGCUGCAGCGCCUGAAGUCCGAUGA